CGGGUACUUGUUCUCAUUUGGUAAUUUUAGAACGAAUAGCAAAGCAUAUCAUGAUCCAUUCUGAAUAGAAGAAGAACAAGAUCAAGAACAUAACAUCGUGUGGAACUACACAUACAACAAUUUAUUAGACAUCUUUCAUCAUUCUACAUGUACAUGUGACCAUUUUGAAGAUGAAGUUAUUCUUCUGCCUAUGAAAGAAAUAGAAAUAUAUCUUUAGAGUAAGGGCAUUAAGGCCAGCAUCAACAAAUUAGAAAACUCAGAUCAAAAAGAUGGUGAAGAAAGAAGACUUGCCCUGGGACGUGUGCUGGGACUUUGCCAAGACAGGCACUUGUCCACGAGGCGCGCGGUGCACAUGGCGGCAUGUGGACCUUUGCAAGGGCAAACACGAAACGAAGCAAUGGACUCAGCCAAACAGAGCGACGACUGCUGCGCGGCCAGAUCAUGACAAGGGCAACUUCUAUGACAGCAAAUUCAAAUAUACCAACCACAAGUAUAACACCAAGGCUCCUGAACGAGGAGCAGCAGGAGCACGGCGGGGACGACCUUCGAUGUCCGAGGCCGUUACAGGUGGAAGAUGCUACGUAGAGGAAGAAAUGGCGGAUAAGUAUAAGGUUGAGAGCGAGGAUAUAUCAGCAUGGAGAAAAUGGACUCCCCAGCGAGCCUCGUGGAACCGUGGGUCUGCCAAUGGAGAUGGGCAGAUGAAAGGCGCCAAGCACGGAGCGACCAUGACUGUCCAGCAGGCUCCGGCUUUAAUGGAUUCCAGAGAUCCACCUGCUCAACCUUUAGUACCGCAUCCUUUUGGUGGCCAAGUUGGUGACGCAAAUCCCUUCGGCGCAAAACAUUGUCUGCUCUUUGCUGCCGAUGUGCCUGCAAAGCCAGAAGUCGCGCAGGUCAAGGAAGUAGAUAAGACCGCAAAGAAGAAAAGUCGACGCCCCCGACAUCGAAGCGCUAUGAAAGAGACGACCUUCAGGGACGUCGACAAAAGAGAUGCUGCAAGAAUGUCCUCGAAUGGUAACGGCAACGAGGCAUCUUCUAGAACUACACUGCUAGUGACGAACAAGAGUACCACGGCAGCGAAGUCGGUGGGUCAUGGCGAUCAGAGUCGAGUAUUUUCAGUUGGCUCUGCAGCUGCUCGAGGUGGUCCUAUGACGCGUAACUCUUCCGCGGUUGCUCGCGGCAAAGGACAUGACAACUUUGUGAAACGCGAGUCUUCGGCAGCUCCGAUGCGCGCAGCUCAACCUCAUGAUUCCAAGGCCGCUGUAUUAGUGCAAGAAGGCAGGAAGGAAAAGAUGAAAACGGUAACGGACCGAAGGCUCUCAUCUGUGCACAGCAGGACAUCCAGCAAACCACGGACUGCCCUUCAUAGUAACGAGCGAUUUCCUGUACAAGCUCAAAAUCCCUACUAUUCUUCGUAUUAUGGUCGUGGGGCUUACCCACCAGGCCCGCAGCCGCAUCGCAAUUAUAACUUCUUACCCUGGUUUCGAGGACCUUUUUUCGGAAGCGGAGGUACGACUGACUGGUACGGCAACUAUUUACACGGCAGAAAAGGAAGCCUCGGACGCAACAUCAAUUAUGCUGACAACCGACGUAACAAGAACGAAUUCUACAACUACUACGAUUAUUACAAGAACAAGAACAUGAACAGUUCUGCCUAUCUUUAUUACGCUGGGCUGCGAGGCCAACAUCGAGGAACGGCACAUUUCCGAGCGCCGAACAACGUCCGACAGCCGCGACCGCGCACGCAAAGCAUGGAUCCUGCUGUGCUUGACGAAAGUGCAGGAGCUCCAUUAUGAAUGGACUUUUUCUGUGAAAUCUCAACACAUGAACAUAGCUUCUACUUUCGUCCACCGAAGCGAGUCUCGAUAAGAAAUUGGUGCACAGCUCCGUUGUAGCAACUACUAGUAGUUACUGUAGUUUCCCGGCUCCGUUCAUGAUCUCCGUCGGCGGCAGAUACGCGACCCAGAAGCGUGGCGAAAAGCUCUGCGCAGACUGAACGAGCAGCGGUCACACGCGAGCUGCAGCAGUGGCUUCAAGCGCAUAAAGAAGCUGCACGUGGCUUAUUAUGAUGAAAUUUAACCUAGACGCGCAUCGAUCUUUGAGGAACGAGGUCAAAUAUGCCCUACCCCUGAGGCAAUUGCUUGAAAAAAUGUAUCAUGAUCAUGAGAAAGAAUAUUCCAACAAGAAGUCGUCACAUCUCGUUGUUGGAGUCCGUGCCCUUUGCUCUGUGCCAAUAAUCAGAAGGACGCUGUUAGAAGAGCUGUUAUAUAAUAGAAACGUAUUUAUAUUCAUUGGCAUUGCAUUUGCUAGCAGCAAGAAAUGAAAGUAUAUCUGUAUGUAAGCUUCUAUCAUGGCUCUAAUUCGCGUUCUAACAAAUCAAACACCCGCACCGGAGCAACAACGGAAGCCAAGCGCGUCUCCGUGCCCACAAACAGUGCGCAAGUUAAGUGCUACCACAUCAUUUCACAUAGCACAGGUCAUCCUGGAAGGCCUAUUUUCCACCUAUUAUAGGCAAGUAGAAGUUUGAGGUGCAACUCAGAAGAUGAUGUGUAAAAAUUUUACAACCUCUAAGCAAGACGCCUAAAGAUUGCGCCGCGCCUGUGACACCGAGCACGCGUUGCACGAAGUUGGCGUCUCCUGGCCUCGAUGACACUAUUUCUCCGGAUCUAGUUCUUGAGUCGCCGGACAUCGACGAUGGCCCCGGGGAUGAGAAAGAUCGAGAAACUGCAACAACUCCUGCAGGAGUUUCACAAGUACAGGGUCGUGAAGGAGCGGAGGUUGAGAAGACGGAUGAAACGGACUGCGUUCAAGAAGAAGACACUGCUGAAAAGAAGGAAAUGGCAAAUCCUCCGGGGACCGAUGGUAAUCAAGAGCAACUAAAGCCGAGAGACCAGAACAAAAAUUCUAAAAUCAUGUCUAAGAACGCUACAUCCAUUCCGAAACAACCCCGGGGCCAUAUGAAGCUGUUUGCGCGAGAUUUUCUGACAAAAAGACGGCCAGGGCAUCCGCGCCAGGCUUACUGGUACGAACAUUUUUUACAAUUUUCUCGGUAAGAAACUAGCCUCCACAAGCUUCGCCCGGCUUCAAGUAUAGCUUCAGCAGUUCGCCGCCCACGGGCUACAGCUAGAGAUAGCCCGCGGGUUAGCUAUAUGCAGUCCACCUUGAAGAAUUAACUACGACGAGGGUGCCGGCGCGAGCUGACUUAGACGCGUUGACCUCUGGGCCGAUGAGUCGGCUGCCUUCGGUUUUUAUGGGACUGCCGGGGGGGUCACGCAAAUUCUUAAGAAUUUGCAAGACCCCCACGGCAGUCCAACAAAAAAAUCCGAAGGGCGCCAUCGUUCACGCAUAAGGAGCCACAGGCCCCCACGCUUAUACAUAGCCGGGCCGCGGUAGCAGGCAAGAGGGGCGACCCUGAUGGGUCAAGAAAGAAAGCGCAUAGGCGUGCUGGUUUGGGUCUCUCUACGUACAGCUGGCAGGAUGUCUUGCCUCGUCGGACGCCUUUGGAAUUGGAUGGUCGGCUGUCUUUCGUCCGAACGAAAGUCGCCGAAGGUAUGUCUUUCGUCGGACUUCCGUCUUCCGUCGGGCCGACGUCUUUCGUGAGACUGAGUUCUUACGUCAGGUUCGUUGACGCCUUUCGUCGGGCUGGCGUCUUUUGUCAGGCGGGCGCCUUUCGUCAGACUGAUGCCUUUCGUCAGACUGAAGCCUACCGUCGGGCGCAUGUCUUGCUCUUGCGUCCGACGUCUGUCUUCAGACUAAUCUCCUUCGUCAGAUGUCCUCCAUCGGACGUCUUGCGUCAGAUCGACGCGUUUCGUCCGCCGUCUUUCGUCAGAUGUUUCCCUUGCUUACUCUUCUCUGACAGUCAGAUGCCAGUCCGGCACCAGACGUCUCGCUUUCGUCAGAUGUCUGGCGUCAUAUGUCUUUCGUCAGAUGUAUUUCGUCGGACGUCGAUGCGUUUCGUCGGAUGUUUUUCGUCAGAUGUAUUUCGUCGCGCGUCUCUCCCCAGACGUGGUUCGCCAGGUUUGAUAGCUUCGACGUCUCUCGUCAGGCGUCUUUCGUCGGCUCUCGGGCGUCUUUCGUCUGACGUCUCACAUACUUUCGUCUGACGUCUUGCGUCUGACGUCAUCCGCCCGACGUCGGUCUUCCGUCAGGUGUCUUUGCUUCGCCAGCGGGCGCCUUUCGUGAGGCGUCUCGUGUGAAAUGUCUUUCGUCGCGGGGCGUCUUUCGUCGCUGGGCGUCUUUCGUCGCGGGGCGUCUUUCGUCGCGGGGCGUCUUUCGUCGCGGGGCGUCUUUCGUGAGGCGUCUCUUGUGAAAGGUCUUGCGUGUGCGUCGGGUGUCUUUCGUCUGGUGUCAGUCUUUCGCCAGACGUUUUUCGUGUCGUCGGUCAGUGUCAGACGUCUGUCGCCAGUCUUCUUUCGUCAGACUUCUGUCCUCAACUGGCGCCCCUACUCCCGUCGGGAAUUUUUCCGGCUUCUCUUCUGGAAGUAUGCCCGGUGGCUUUCUCACAAGGACAAGAUCACGGAAGACCGGUCGGAGACUAUCGGCGCUGGGGCUAGAGACUAGGGGGAAGGGCCUCAAGGAGGGACAGGGCUAAUCUUCUCCGGCGGAGUAGGCGGCGAAUUUUGUGGCGGUGAUCCGUGGGGUGGUUAAUAAUAUAGACUAACAUGAGCCAUAUGCCACUCUAAUAGAUAAAUAUUCUUUUUGCAAUAAUUAGGACUAUCAAGUAGAUUAAUUGAAAUAGAUGCUAUUAGUAAUAUAAUAGAAUUAGGAUCUUUUUGGCCCGUCACGGGUCUAGUUUCUCGGGUUGCUCACCGUAAUCUUUUGCGCGGCGCCCUUCGGGCGCAGCUUUCUGAGACUCUGAGACACCUCAGCAGGAGCGCGCGACACUCCACUCCAUGCCUCCGAUCCCUGGUCUUCUUCUUAAUGCGCACCAGAGACGAGAGGGGGCAACCGCCUUCAGCUCGGGAACUCCUCCCAGCCACUUGAUCACUCAAACACACAAGGCAUCCACCACAUUCAUGCCCUAGUCUACUUCCUUCCUAGGCUGAGUGGGCCGCUCUCCAAAGCAGACGGGAGCGCACUCUCAGCCCCAAAAGAGACUCAUUGGCCACGCACACAUCCGAAGAAAAACGGGAGAGAUUGGCACCGACCCAACGACAAGGCACAGCGCCACUCUCCUCCCUCAAACAAAAACAUCAACGAGGCGAAGCCGUCGGCCCCUUAAUGCCUGCGCUUCAAACGCGCGCCCACACGCUACAAGAAGAAAUGCCGGAGGGGCUCGCUGGGGAGCCCUUCACAACCGACUGCCCCUUUCGUGAGAGAGCAACAACAAAAGCAGCCACUUCUUCACUUCGCGCAGCCACAACCGUGCCCAUACCGCCCGGCUACGCCGCACUCCGGUGAAGCGGAUAUCUUCCGGCAACUCGUGGCAACUCGUUCCAGAAUUGAAGCCCUUCGCUUCGGCAACUCGAGUUACUCGAACCUUGGCGCUUUACUUACUCUAAUUAUAAACAAGGCUUCCAUUUGGUUCAUGAUGUGAGGGGAUGUUUACUUACUUGCAUUAGCCUCUAGUACAGCUACAGCGUAUUUUGAAGAUAGGUCUAACUUAACAAAUAUAUCGCUGGUAUAUGGACGUGGCAUCCACAUUCCACCAGGUAUGAAGGCUACUACGCGCGACAAAUGUGGAAUCGUGGAUUCCCGACUCGUCCUGCGUGGUCCCCGAGUCCGUACCCGAUCAUGUGGCCAUCCUUUCGAGGUGAUUGGCGAAGUGGUCACGCGCCGCGCACGAAUGAGGAUGGGCGACGCUUCGAGUCCGGGCGCCCCACGGUCCUCGGUACGACGAGGCAAAGCGAAAAUGUUGCCAGUCGUCAACAGAUGCAGAAGAUACUUGAGCAAGGUGAUGAUGCCGAAAAGGUCGACGGAGCUCGCAUCACACCAGAGGGAUACGCCAAGAACAAAUGUGAAGAUGGCACCAACAUGAAGUCUGUUCUUGCCGAAGAUGAUCGGGAUGAAUAUGAAAGAACUCAAAAUCUUCAGCUUAACGACAUCAUUAGUACAAAGGGCCCUUCAGCGACAGCGAUCGCGGCGGACUUGUUUCACAUGGAUUUUGGCGCAGUCGCUGUAGCAACAGUGGAACUGAGUACGACUCCUCGUGCUGGUCGCCGGAACAGAAAACUGGAACAAUGCAAGACGGCCGAGCAUAAAGAAAGUGAAAAGACGUUUUGGAAAAGCGAAACUGAAUUGACCUCCUCUUUGGAAGACAUCGAAGCGGAUCUUGACGCGACGGAUGAAGUGGAGCAGGUCGUGAGCAGCACACCGCUCAAACCAACGUCAAACAAAAGCAAAUUUGUACUCGAGAAAUUCCACGAAGCACUUAACGAAGCCGAGAGCAAAGGAGCUCCCGUUGUUCCACCGAAGCAUGACGGCACUCCGACUACCUUUGUCGCUGAACAACAGGGAAGCUUCAAGAACGGCGAUGCGACCAAAGGCGCGAAUGCUGCAUCGGCAACGGAAGCCAAGAACUGUCAAGAAGACGCAGCCACUCGAGGACGCGAUGAAGGGCUAGCUAGCUCUAAUCAUGGAAAUGCUCGCUCGGUAUCUCGCCGUUACGAUUCCAACUACAACUACAACCACGGCGCUGCCAUGCGACGAGGCGUUCUGCUGGGUCCCGGCGGUCGCGGAGGCUGGUACCAUGGAAUGCCGCCUCCGGAGUACAUGUACUACAGCCACGGAGGUGCCGGUCUUUGCGGCGCGUACCCUCCUUCUCGACACCCUGCAGUGUAUACCUACGGAUAUUAUGGCUGUAACCCGCGGGCUCACGAUCCGUUUGCGGCCAGAUGGGCUUCGGAAAGACGCUCCGCCUCGGUCAUGGCUCCGCGCCGCGAGAGGCCCACGAUGACCGCGGCCAAGGCGAAAGAGGUUAUGAAUCCUGAAAGCAAGGCAGUUAACCUCGACAACCACGGCAAAGACGGCAAGCUUAAUGCUAUGGUGGACAGCAGCGAUGGCAAAGGCCUCCUACUUCGGCCGGGUGAUACUGUCGACGGUGCUGUCGUACCACCGCCGCCACCACUGGAAAGCAGUGCCGACGACAAUGUACCCAGCACUUCAUAGCCUUUUCAUUAUCUGUUUCUGUCUCGGUCUUACCGCUGUAUCCAACUUUGUUGUUGUAAAAAGGUGGUAAUCAGUGAUGCUCGUCAGUACGUAGGAACUACUUGUUUGCUUUUCAUGAAUCACAAUCAGACGAGUACUUGAGCUUCAACCCGCACUUCCAUAUCCAUCCGAAAUAGUAAGACUAAGAAUCACAAAAAACGUCAGCAGACGGUGGACGUACUUGCUGGAUCUGGUGCAUCCGACGAGGAACUGGGCUCAGGAAAGCCGAGAAGUUGGGCUGAAGUGGCUGCAAGUAUUAUUCUUGUAGAUGGGCCGACAUCCCAAUCACAACGACACUUUAAUAUGCUAGCUUUACGCGAAUAGAAAUGACAUUGAAUAUGAUGUUAGCAUCUGGCGUGCAUUUCGAUCCGUUUCGAUAUAAGUAAUCAGUUUCUGUGAACACGUACUUAGUUCUGUUUUUCGCAUUCAGUACGAAAUCCAGGUACGGAGAGCAAAAAAGAGGCAAAGCGCCUUGUUUCUGCGGCAAUGGAGGAGAUUUUGAAGGAAGGAAACGUCAAAAAAAGCGAUUUCGAUUUACGAUUGACACGCUUCCUCUACUCAAUAGGCGAUCGUCAUGGGACGCCGCGUUUAAUUUCUGCCCUGCUUCAUGUAUUACUUCUCUCUUAUUUCAAAAUCUAAAAAAGAUGAAAUUGUACUUGUCUGAAAGUUGAAUAUUACAUCAUCUGGAACUGGAUCAUCUUCCCGUAAAAACUGUCACUUAAGCAGGACUUAUUAUAUUCGUCACUCCUUCAUCCGCACCAAGCGGAUAAAAAUGCGGUGUCUUUCUAUAUAAUCAGGUGCGGCAAGCGGCGACAGACCACAAGCCUGAUGACAAGUCGAAUUGGAGCGAGUAUGUCCUCAAAAUCCUCUCGAAGGAUGCAUUGAGUGGUGACGAAACAGUCUAGAGAUCUUCUCUAACGGACGGUAUCCUAAGUCGAACCUAACCCAAAGGUAAAUAGCAGUGGCUGUUAUGACUCUAUGUCUUCUGGACAAAGAAAUCUAGUUUGUAUUUUUUGAUGAUCAUGCGAAAUCCUUAUGCUUGUCGCCUUACUAAAAGGAUAGAGUAGUCGGUCUCCCGUGCUGAAAGCACGAUAAAAAUGCUUGUCAUUUUCCCGGAUGCCUGUCCGUGCUAGGCGUAUGAUAUCAAAGAUCAUGUAAAUCUACUAGCGUGUGCAUCAACCAUGGGAAGAUCAUGGAAGAUAUCAAGUCAUACCAUAUCUUUUUCUAAGAAGUGAGAUGGUCUUUGUCGAUACAGCCACCACGAUGAGUUCGUAACAUAUGCAUUCAUAUCCACUUUUAGAAGAUACUGACAUCACAUCUUUUUACAUACUGACUAGAGGUACCCACAUAGCCCAGCUGGUGCCCCUUGCUACAGAAACCCGCACUAUCAUGGCUUUAUAUAUGCUUCGGGGCUGCACUGGUGGCGCCUGCGCGCUCUCUUCCGCGCUGAUUUUCGCGGAUUCUAGUGGUGGAAGGCGUCAAAACUGUAACUGGGCGCGGGCGUCCCCUUGCGCCUCUGUCUCUGCAUGUUCCUAAGGGACCUCCUCGCCUCUGCUGACCCUCGCAGGCUGGAGGUCAGUCCCCGGGGGAGAAGGCCGCCGAAGGUGGCCACGGUCUCAAGAGCACGGAGGCCGAUGGCCCAGGGCCCGAAGGGUACAGGCCACACGGCUCAGGGGGUCCACCCUUGCUCCUUUUGCCGCCUUCGGAGGCCUUCCACACCCGGCGCACUGCUGCGGCGGCGAAGCACAUCGGCAGGCUGUCGGGUACAUGCCAAGGCCCUCCGGGUCUCUCGCGACCCCUGUGGAAGCCUUCCAGCCCCGGCAGACGGCUCCCGAAAAAGUCCGGGGCUGCACGUUGCCCCCCCCUGCGCUAGGGGAGGCAUCGUCGAACUCAGCCCUCACAUAUGAACGAUAGAAAGCAACGGACGGUGAUGAAUAUUCAA